UUGCUGAUGGUUAACUUUAGAAUGAACUAGUUUAAACCCUAAAUUGGAAUUUCUGUCUUAAACCCCAUUUCACCUCACCGACUACGUGUUCCGGCAAAGGUAUAUUUCCUUCAGCUUAUCCAGCAGCAUCGAGCAUCAGAAAAUGCCAGAGGAAAUCUGGGCGCAGUGAGAGAGUGGCCGCAAAUAUAUGCGGAUUACACCACUUAGUUUUGAAAAUGAGGGGAUCAUGGUUUCGGGCCGUCUCGGGCCGAAAAAGCCGCCAUGCCCUUGAUGGUCUAUGCUCGAGAAACGCCCCCUUACAGUAUACAAUGCGUAACCUAAUUUCCAAAUUCUUGGGUAAUGUCGAAAGAAAGUUCUUAAAUGCUACCGCUGAAGUAAAAUUAAAGCGUGGGUGUUGUUAUGCGGUGUGCGGCAUAGGAGUGGCGCCUUGCAAAUCCGUUAAUGGGCCAUCGCUCUUGGCUCUGUGCUCUUAUUUAACUCGCAAUGCAGUAAAUUUUUGUUCUAUGCCUGAACAUGAAGUCGGGAUUGAGUCGAUGGGUUCUGUUGUUUCACCUCCCUUGGGUGAUUCAAGCAGUGAAGUGAAAGAGGAGGUUCGAGUUGCUGCUGAUUAUAGUGAUUUUGAUGAGCCAAAAUCAAAAGCUAGAGCUAUUACUCGAGAAUCUAUUGACUUCACUAAAAUUCCUAUUGAGAAGCUUCCCACCGUCCUAAUUAUAGGACGUCCAAAUGUUGGCAAGUCAGCAUUGUUUAACCGUUUGAUUCGGAGGAGGGAGGCACUUGUUUACAACACCCCUAAUGACCACGUUACACGUGAUAUAAGAGAUGGAAUUGCUAAAUUGGGUGAUUUGCGGUUUCGAGUUCUAGAUUCAGCUGGCUUGGAGGCAGAGGCUUCUUCAGGUUCUGUUCUUGGUAGAACUGCUGCUAUGACCGGAUACGUGUUGUCAAAAGCCCAUUUGUCACUUUUCUUGAUCGAUGCAAGAGAUGGACUACAACCGUUGGAUUUGGAUGUCGGAAAGUGGCUAAGAAAGCAUGCACCUGGUAUGAAGACUAUAGUGGUAAUGAAUAAAGCUGAGUUGCUUGAUAACAUUUCUGGUUCUCUUGGUUCUGCUGCUGGGGAAGCUUAUACAUUAGGAUUUGGUGACCCUAUUGCUCUAUCUGCGGAGACUGGAUUUGGGUUGGCAGAGCUUUCUGAAGCUUUGAGGCCACUGCUCGAGGAUUAUGUGCUCCAGAACGUAGAUGUUCUAGAUGAAGAUACUUGCGAUGAUAGCUCCUACUUGGAUGAGAAUAUUGACUCUAAGCUUCCAUUGCAGUUGGCAAUUGUUGGGAGACCAAAUGUAGGGAAGUCUACUUUGCUGAAUGCUCUCUUACAAGAGAACCGAGUUUUAGUAGGACCGGAAGCUGGUUUAACUCGAGAUUCAAUUCGAGUUGAAUUUCAGUAUGAGGGGAGAAACGUUUAUCUUGUUGAUACCGCAGGUUGGUUGGAGAGAACAAAACAGGACAGGGGACCAUCAUCCUUGAGCAUUGUGCAAUCAAGGAAAAACCUAAUGAGGGCCCAUGUGGUUGCGCUAGUUCUGGACGCAGAAGAGAUUGCCAAAGCUAAACGAAGUAUGAAACAUGCUGAAGUAGUUAUAGCAAGGCGAGCAGUAGAAGAAGGGCGAAGUUUGGUUAUUGUGGUGAACAAGAUGGAUCUUUUGAACGGUAAACAAUGUGAAAGGGUUCUCAAUGCUGUACCUGAAGAAAUUCAGAGUGUAAUUCCCCAGGUGACCGGGUUACCCGUGGUAUUUGUUUCUGCACUCGAGGGCAGAGGAAGGAUGGCUGUGAUGCGCCAGGUUGUUGAUACAUAUGAAAAAUGGUGCUGUAGACUGCCCACAUCUCGUCUGAACCGCUGGUUACGCAAGGUUAUGAGCAGACAUUCUUGGAAAGAUCAGUCUGCCCAACCCAAGAUCAAAUACUUCACUCAGGUGAAGGCCCGGCCGCCUACAUUUGUUGCGUUUGUGAGCGGGAAGGUUCAGCUGUCGGAUACAGACCUCAGGUUCUUAACGAAGUCGCUCAAGGAAGACUUUGAUUUGGGCGGAAUUCCUCUGCGUAUAAUGCAGCGCAACGUUCCUAGACGUGGCGAUGGCAAACCUGCUGCCAAAAAGAACGCACGAGCUGCUGGAAAACCUACGCGACGCGUCACAUCCGAUAAAAGGGGCAGCGCUGCUGCUUUACAAGACAUUGAAGCUGCAUCACAAUCUUAACUUUUUCUUCUCUUUGUAUAUCAGACUUUUUUCUUAGGGGAAGUAACCUUGGGACCUCCAGCAUUCUCUGGUGUAUAGCAUAGUUUUUUUCGUAGUAUUAAAAAACUCUUAUGUUCAACAUUAUGUCCACUCUACAAUCUCCCCUUCAAAAUUCACAUACCAAUAAUAAUUAGUAAUAUAAGUCCAUUUUAA